AUGGCGGGCGCCACGCUGCUGGUGCUGAUGGUGGCCGAGAAGCCCUCGAUCGCCCUGUCGCUGUCGCAGGCGCUGGCGCGGAGCCCCGCCAGGAAGCGGAAGGGCGUGUCCCCGUCUUCGCCAGUGUAUGAGUACGAGGGCGAGAUGUUCGGGAUGCCGGCGCUCUUCCGCGUCACUGCGACCACGGGCCACAUUUAUUCCAUCGACUUCUCUUCGGAGUUCAACGACUGGAACAAGCACGGCCCCGAGCAGCUGUUCUCUGCGGAGACGAUCCGGACGUACGACCCUCGGGCCAGGAUCCCGGAGCAUCUCCGGUCAGAGGGGCAGGGUUGCGAUCUGUUGGUUUUGUGGCUCGACUGCGACCGCGAGGGUGAGAACAUCUGCUUCGAGGUCAUGGGCGAGGUCUUGCCGCAGAUGCGAGAGCCGCGAUUCGAUUACCCAGGCGCGUAUCGAGGCAACGUAUUCCGCGCGCAGUUCAGUUCUUUGGCUCACGGGGACCUGCAGUCGGCGUUCGCGAAUCUGUCAGUGCCCGACGAGAACCAAUCCCUGUCCGUGGAGGCACGCCAGGAGAUCGACCUCAGGAUCGGGUGCGCCUUCUCCAGAUUGCAGACGAUGUAUUUCCGGCACCACUUCGGAAACCAGCUGGGCAAGAAGAUGGUGACAUACGGGCCGUGCCAGAUACCCACCCUCUGGUUCUGCGUGAAGAGGCACGUGGAGAUACAGAAUUUCGUGCCCGCGCCAUACUGGCUGCUGACCCUGACCCUCCGGAUCGACGACGCCUCCGUCGACGCAACAUGCGACGACGGCGCGAUCUGGGACGCGGAGGAGGCGAAGCAGAGGCUGAACCGGGCCAGGGGCAGCGUAAACCCGGAGGGCACCGUCGCCGUGACGCGCGUGCGGGGCUGGUCGAGCUCCCUCUCCCGGCCGCUGCCCCUCAACACGGUGGCGAUGCUGAAGAUGGGCUCGGACGUCCUCGGGCUGGGCCCGGGCGACACCCUGCACCUGGCCGAGCGGCUCUACCUGAAGGGCGUCCUCUCCUACCCGCGCACGGAGACGGAUAAGUACCCCGAGAACUUCGACCUCCAGGGCACUGUGCAGGUGCUGACCGCGCCCCACAUGCCCUGGGCGGCCGAGGCGGCGGCCUUGGCGAGGGGCUUCACCCACCCGCGACAGGACGGCACCGACGCGGGGGACCACCCGCCCAUCACGCCAGUCAAGGCGGCGACGCAGUCGCAGUGCGAGGGCGAGGCUGGCUGGAUGCUCUACCAGGAGAUCUGCCGGCACUACCUCGCCACCCUGUCGCCCGACGCGGUCUUCCGCGAGACGGACGUCUGCUUCCAGCUCGGGGGCCUGCCCUUCACGGCCCACAGCACCCGCUGCACCGACCGCGGCUGGCUGACCGUGGGGAACCGCCGGGCGGACGACGACGGCCCAGUGGACCUCAACGGUCGCUUGAGGAGCGGCGACGAGGUCCAGGUCGGGCAGGUACACCUCAAGGCGAGGCAGACCGCGCCGCCCCAGCACUUGUCCGAGUCCGAGCUCCUCCAGCUGAUGGACGAGCACAAGAUCGGCACUGUCAGCAACGUGCAGCACCGGCUGUACGUCGAGCUCGACGAGGCCACGCGCCGCAUGAGGCCCUCGGCCCUCGGCCUGGCCCUGGUCCACGCCUACUCGCUCGUGGACGAGGGCAUGGUGCUGCCCACGGUGCGGUCCUCCAUCGAGAACGCGUGCGCCCGCAUAGCCACGGGCGAGGAGUCCAAGACGUCCACCGUCCAGCGCAGUCUGCGCAUCUUCGAGAAGAAGUUCUUCAACUUCGCCCGCCAGAUCUCGGUGGUGCCGCAGAUGCUGGCGGUGGCGCACGCCCUCGCGAAGGGGCCGGGCGCUGCCAUGGCCAGCGACGCCGCGGCGGAGGCGCUCGGGAUGUGGGAGCGGGCCGUGGCGAAGACCGCGGCCGUGGACCUGCACGAGCUGCAGUCGCGCGGCAAGGACGGCGGCAUGCUGGCCGAGGGCUCGGACCAGGGCACGGUGGAGCCCGUCGACCUGAAGGAGCUGCUCGUCACGACCCCGGCCGUCGAGCGGGUGCAGCAGGUGCUGGAGGAGAUCGGCUUCGGGCCGGCAGCGGGGCCGGCCAAGGCCGCGAAGGGCCAGGCGGGGCCCCAGGGCGGCGCCGCGGCCGAGCCGGCCGCAGCGUCGGGGCCCCCGGGCGGCGGCCAGCAGGGCGCUGGCCGUGGCAACCAAGGCAGGGGCGGCGACUGCGCGGGCGGCGACGCCAGAGGCGGCAAGGGCGGAGGCGGAGGCGGCGGGGGAGGCAAGGGCAGCACGGGCGACAGAGGCGCCAAGGGCGAGAGGGGCGGGAGGGGUGGCAAGGGCGAGGGCGGCAGGGGCGGCAAGGUCGGCAAGGACAGCCGCGCCGGCACGCAGGACGGCGGCGGAAGCGGCCAGGGCGCCCAGUGGCCGCAGCACCACGCGGGCGGCCCCGGCGGAUACGGGCAAGGUCCUUGGCCGGGCGCGCCGCUGCCGCAAGGCGCGGCUGGCCACGCGGGUUUCCACGCGUAUGCAGGGUGCGGGGGGUACGGGCCGCUACAAGGCGGGCCGCCGCCUGGGUACGGCUACGGCGGCUACGGCGGCUACGGCGGCUACGGCUACGGCGGGGGCGGCGUGCACCAAUAGGCCGUGGCGAUUCGCUCCAUCGCCGAGCUUGGACGCGGCGGGGCUGCUGGCACCUCGCCAGGGGGGCGGUGCACGCGGAGCUCGGCAGAUGGGAAUGGGUUGCUUGGCCGCCCUGUGUGAAUCGCAGCAGCAUGGCGGUCUUCAGGGACGCUUGUUUCAUGUAGUUUACUGGGCCGCGUGCGUAUGGCGCUCCAGCGGCUGUUCCUACGGAUGUGUUAUCACUUGGGCGCGCGAGACGUGCUUGUCGUCGCUGCUAGACGUUGUUUUAUCAUAGGAGAUGCCUUCGGCGAGUCGCCGCGCCUUUACCAGGUCGUAGUGACGAUGCCCGUAUGACCAAACGGUUGGCCGCAGUUGGUCCGAGCUGCUGACCCGCGUUUUUCCCCAGCCGUUGUGGCAACAACUUUGGAAGCCACCCGUGCAGCGUUGCCCAGUCGGGCCAUCCUUGGCAAGGUUCGUUGGCCAGCCCCGUUCGAGAAACGUCGGCAUGGCCUUCCAAGGCGCUUGCACCCUUACCGCUCGUCCUGCUCAUGCGAUUUGACUGUACUUGUGGGCGCAGGGGCGUUGUUGUGGGAUCUCGCGCGCCCUGGGCCCGCGGGAUGGUGGAUGUUGCCGCACGCCGAUCUGCACGAAGCUCCUGCUCGAGCUCCGCGGCGGCUGCACGCGACGCCGGUCACACCUGCCCUUGGUAGCAGGCGCUUGAUGAGUAGCAUAGAGAGUCGGCAAUCAUGUCUAGGCUUUGCGCGCGGACAUUGCCUUAGGGAUUGUAUUGGUAUUGAGUGUGAGUCCAGGACAUGCGCUGCUUACAUCGGAGCAAGAUUUUAAUCCGCGAUGUGCAGCUAUGAUGUUUGAAGCGGGCGGGAGGAUGUACAAAGCAUCGGAGUGGGGUGCGCUUGCGUUGGCUUCUCUCCCUCUCUCCGUGCGUGUGUUCUGGCCGUCAGUCUAACAGAGGAG